GCCCCAACACCAAUUUACUUGCGCAACACAAGCGCACGACUCACAACUUCGCAGGUCACAAAAGCAGAGAGCUUUCGCAUCUGUUGCAUCUAGGAGGAGAUCGAUCAUCUGAUCCCCACCAUGGCUGAGGACAAGCGCUCGCUGGCGCUGGCUCUGGCAACCACCAACAGCUCGCCGGGCACGACGACGGUGGAGGUGGCUCGUGAGAGCGCGUCGACUCGCACGGAGCGCGCACGCCGGCGGACCAUGUCCGCGCUCUACGACGAGCUGGGCGCGCUGCUCCCCUACCUCCCCCACCGGGUGACCAGGGCGGACAUGCUCGACGAGGCCAUCGCGUACGUCAGGGCGCUCCAGGACACGGCGGCCGAGCUCGAGGCGCGCAGGGCGGUGCGGCCCAGGCGGAGCGGCGCGCGCGACGGCGCCGCGGAGAUUGUCGCGUUCGGGGAGACGUCGUCCUUCGCCGUCCGGCUGCGCGCGGCGAGGCCGGGCGCGCUGACGCGCGUGCUCGAGGUGUUCCACCGGCACGGCGUGCCCGUCCUGGCGGCCACCAUGGCGCGAAACGCUGGGGAGGCGGCGGUCACGGUCACCACGGCGGCGGUGGCGCCGGUUGUCGCGGGCAAGAUCGAAGCGGAGAUCCUCAGCAAUGCAUGAGCACCCUAUUGAUUUCCUACUGAGUACUGACUGAUAACUUAUUUCGUCUUGGUU